UGGACCCGGGAGGCCCUGGGGCGCGGGGCGUCGCCCGCCGCCAUGGACCCUUUCCUUGUGCUGCUGCACUCGGUGUCGGCCGGCCUGUCGAGCGGCGAGCUGACCGAGCUCAAGUUCCUGUGCCAGGGCCGCGUGGGCAAGAGGAAGCUGGAGCGCGUGCAGAGCGGCCUGGACCUCUUCUCCGUGCUGCUCGAGCAGAACGAGCUGGACCCCGAGCACACGGCGCUGCUGCGCGAGCUGCUCGCCUCCCUGCGGCGCCACGACCUGCUGCGCCGCCUGGACGACUACGAGGCGGGGGCGGCGGGCGGCGCCGCGCCGGAGGAGCAAGGUGGGCGGGGGACGGGGGUCGCGGACUAGGGACUGGCACCGGG